AUGGCCCCGGCGAUGACGGUGCCCAUCUUGGCUCCGACCGAAAUGACGGCGCGGCGGCAGCUCCGGAUGCGCUCCCAGCAGAGGCCAUAUUCGGCAAUUUUAAAAUUGCGUUCGAACACGGGUCCAGAGCGCAUCGCGGCUGGCGACGUCUUGUUGCAAUGGACAGUCCCGGACCCCGUUAAUAUCCUUCGGGAAACUUUCAAAUACCUCCCACCAGAUGGGAGACUUGUCCUUGCCGACAUACCAUUCGGCUUGACACACAGCAAGUUACACCAACUUGCGCGGGGCAUUAUUACAGACCAUCUCACCUCAAUGAAGGCUGCCGGUGUAAAUACAGCACAGAUCAUUCCUUGCCCUGCCAGAGAAGCAGCCAAAGCUGAAAUAAAGCAAAAACCACAUACUACGAAUAAGGCCGACAGCAGGCAAGAUCCCUUUCACGCGAACCUUCCUAUUACAUCAAAAGAGGGACGCAAGAUUACAUCGGCACAUUACUACCCAGUGCCCACUGAGGGGGAGAACGUAUGGUUUUCGAAAGCAAAGUACAACGCAGGAAAGAGAGUCAUGGAUUACUUCCCAAAGCCAUGGAAUCCGGCAAUGGAUCUGGUGGGGAAACGUGUUGCAGCGAAGAAUGGGGCUUGUCUCUGCCAGUCUGUCUCUGUCAGUUAG